UUUUGUAGCUGUCUACUUUGGUGGAGUUGUCUAAUCCUAAUCUUCUGAUUUACUGUGUUGUUGUCAGUUUCACUUGUGUGGUGACAAUGUUGUGUUUAUUUGUGUUGACAAAUAUUUCAACUUAGAAUCUUGGCUGGACCACAAAACUUGCAGUUUGCUCUAUUUUCUCCACAAUACAAUUUUGUAUACAUUGUUUAUUUUGUCAUGAGUGAAAGAUGUUUACUAGAUGGAGUUUGUGUAUUUGUCCGAGAGAGAAAAUGUGGGCAGCUUGUGUUUUUAGGUUCAUUAGAAGGCAAAUAGUGUUAGGAAUAAUAUUUACUUUAUCCCUAACGUAUUGUAUUAUCAGCUUUUUAAGUGUGCCAGUUGACAACGAAGUUUACGAAAUAGACAUUCUGCCAGCCAGGAAACUCGACGACUCGUUUCUAUGGCACUCCAGUGAUGAAAACAACGGCACUGUCAAAGUGACCACAUGUCGGAACUCUGUGCAGGGCAAAGCUCUCAUCGUAGAUGAUAAAGGAUACGUCUGCAAUCGGCGCGAAAUCCUGGCGAAUGGAUGUUGUGACAGUUCCUUGGCGUCAGUACGACGUUACUCGUGUGACACCUGCAAGGACAACGGCUGCUGCAGCAUAUACGAGUACUGUAUCUCCUGCUGCCUGCACCCAGACAAGAAGAAUCUGCUACAAAACGUGCUGGGAAAGGCGCCGGAAACGUUUCGUGUGUUGUUCGCAUCGGUGACGGACCACUUUGAGCUGUGCCUGGCCAAGUGUCGCACCUCCUCGCAGUCUGUCCAACACGAGAACUCGUACAAGGACCCGAGAGCCAAGCACUGCUACGGUGACAGUCCACCCAGCACUGACAGUCUGGCUCUGUGAACACUACGACUCGUCUCGGUAACGAGGAGACUCAUCGAUGGGAUCAAGAUAGCUGCUGUGCUAGACAAAAUAUAAAGCUGUCAGAAUCCGGAAUUAUGAGGUAUAAUCAAACGUGUCUAUGAGAGUCAGGUAUUGUUAUUCCGACUGAUACGAAUGAUAUUUAAAAUAAAUUAGUCACUUCGAUCUUUGCUCAGACUGAUCGAUGCGUAACUAGACCAAACCAUUUCCUGUGACGAGUACACAGACCUAUUGUUUUUCGAUUUUAAACCGACUUUAGUUGGGAACAUGUAAAUAGUUAGAUUAGUUGUCUGGUAUUUAUUUACAUGUGUGUGUUACACAAACUAAUCUAACCCAUGUGUUUAAUCAGCUGGUAAGACAGUUCUCACAAAGGUAGACUGCCUGUCAAUCGUUAUUUUUUGUAAUUUUGGAUUGUUGAGAUUCUGUGAUAAUUCUCUAUCUUGAAAGCUGUUGAUUGUUUUAUUGAUCAAGAAAACUGAAAAGUUAAAUUUAACCCAUUGCGGAUCACGGCUCGUCACGCAGCGGCCGGACCUAACGGCACGAUGACGAGCUCAGGUCGCAAAAGCGAUCUGCUUUUAAGUUUCCCUCCAAAUAGUUCUAUUAGUGUCUGGUAGAUCGGCUGAUCGUCUUAACUUGUCAACUAAGAGUGUUUAACAACGGUCUAUGUUUAGAGU